CCCAAUAGCGGAGGGUACGGGCCAUUCAUUCUGUGGCUGCAGCGCACAAAGGCCGGUGGGAGCUCCGGGCCGCGGCACAGGGGGGCACAGGGGGCACAGAGGGCAAGAUGAUGUGACGAUAGGUGGGUGGGGCCCCUGAGACCUCAAGAUGAUACGCCUGGGGAAGCUGAAGGUUGUACGGCGGCGCCUCCUGCAGCGCUAUGAGCAUCAGCCAUUCGUAUCCCUGCUGGCGGGAUUGUACAGCUGCCGAUGGAAACGCUAUCAGCGCCAGAAGACAGAGCCCGGGCAGUGCUGCUGCAAGCUGAAGGAGCACCUGUUCUUUAUGGUUGUGCUCGUGGCCUUCUGCCUCUCCUUGAUCUUCUUAUAUUUCUGGCAGGAAGCAAAGAACGACUACAACGACUUUGAUUGGAUCUCCUAUUUGAAAGUGGGGUAUUGGUUCCUUUGGUCCACAGUAGUUCUGGUGGUGGCAGCGGUUCUGUUUGGAUACAUUGCAUUAUUGCUGGUUCUAGCAGUCUGUCUGCUCUCAGAGGGACAACAGUUACAUCUGCACUGGAGCCACAAGAUCGGGACUGUGAUUGUUCUGGUGGUGUCGCUGGGAGCUCUGGUUGCCCUGUCCCAUCUGUGGAAAGGAGAAUGGGAUACAGUGCGACUUUCCUUCCAGGUUACUGCCCCCUAUCUGCACAUCGCCGCUAUUGCAGCAAUGUCAGUUCUAUCCUGGCCGGUGGCUCUGUAUUUUAUGAGAAUGAGCAACGCAGGUUUUCGGGUGCUGAUAUUAAGUCCUUACCUGGCGGUGCUGCUAUUCCUCUAUCUCAUCCCGCUGGGCAUGUACUCCCCAUGUAUCAGAGAGGAAGGCACCUUGGGGCCCAAACCCAAACUGAUCGGACACAGGGGAUCACCAACAUUGGCACCAGAAAACACCCUGCUGUCCUUCCUGAAGACCAUAGAGAGCGGAGGAGACGGCCUGGAGUCCGACGUCACCUUGAGCUAUGACGGGGUGCCAUUCCUUAUGCACGACAGCACUUUAAAGAGGACGACCAAUGUAAAAGACGUCUUCCCCAACCGGACCAAUGAAAAUGCCGCCAUGUUUACUUGGGACGCGCUGGAACAGCUGAAUGCUGGGAUGUGGUUCACUAAGAAUCAGCCAUUUUCCUCUAUGGGCUCCCUGUCAGACGAAGAUAAGCAGCGCGCGGCCAAUCAGUCCAUAUGCAAACUGGCCGAGCUUCUGCGACUCGCUAGCCGCGCCAACAAGACUGUGAUCUUCGACCUGUACAUGCCGCCGGGGGAUCACCCCUACCGACAGACCUGGGUUAACAGGACGCUGGAAGUGAUCUUCGAGUCGGCCAUCGAUCAGAGACAGAUCUUAUGGCUGUUGGAUGAAAUGAGGUUGUACGUUCAGUCCGUGGCCCCCGGAUUCCAGCAGACGUACGGGAUGAAGGCCCCCGUGAAAGACCUUAAGGAGAAUAACAUAGUGAAACUGAACCUGCCCUACAGUGACAUGUCCCAGGAAGACAUCAGAAUGUACGCCGAUGCCAACAUCACUACCAACCUGUACGUGGUGAGUGAACCGUGGCUCUUCUCCCUGGCGUGGUGCGCCGGCGCCCAUUCCGUCACCACCAACGUCGUGCAGAGCCUGAAACGCAUGGACAGGCCCAUGUUCCUCAUGACCCCGGGCGACUACCGGCUAAUGUGGAUCCUGACGGACGCUGCCUCGGCGCUAGUGAUUGCCCUCAUCUUCCUCCUGCACGGGUGGCGAGAGAGAGGGUUACCCUGCUGCCCAGAAAGCCCGGUGAAUCUUACAAGCGGCUUCUACAACACAUUUAAAACUGAGAUCGACAUGUCGGCCUCCUCAGACAGCGAAGCCAAGAGUCUGCCUACGACCCCCAACGUCAGGAACAGCGAGGGGAGCAUCAGCUCUGCAGAGAAUUAGUGACUCCGGGGCAGGGACCCCAAAACUGUGCUUCCCAGAUGUGCCCAAGGGGGCGCCGCUUUGCUCUAUGGAAUGGAGUCUCACUGUGGGACAUCCUCUCUGCCGCGGAACACUCGGUGCUUGGCUCCGGGGCAAAGGGGGCUUUGUAGUUUAAUGCGCUGCUCGGACCAGUCGAUUGUAGAACAAACAGCCCAAUUGCUCAAAGUGGAACCGAGCCAGGACCUAGUGCCGGACGGAUGUGGAACAGGCACAGGGUUCUCCCUACGGUCCCUCCUCGUUGGUUUCUCUCGUUCUAUCUCAUUCCAUCCCCUCUCCCUCCGGCCAUGGCUGCUAGUCCUAAUGUCACGCUGGGCAUGUAGGGCAUCUAGACUACUGUACCUGGAACCCAUCGGCCCAGACUGGCGCACACAGUGUUCUAGAUUCAUCGAUCCCAUAGACUGUGCCCAGGCAGAGUGUUUAUUUGUCAUCUCUCUACAAUAACUCUACUCGGUCUCUU